GAACCCUAUCCGAGAAGACCCUUACAGCAGCUCAUGGCAGAGAUGAAAGCCGCUUCCACAGGUCCCUUGGAGGCGACCACCAGCCCUGCAGGGCGCUCCACCAGCCCACACGCUGGGCAUUGCCGGCCCUCGGGCGCUUUGACGCAUCGAGGGCCUCUGCUGAAUUCCUGGAUGGGCGAUGGACCCAUGGCAUCCCCAAGGACGCCGAGGCAGCACCAAUCCGAGCUUCGUAUGGGUCUGGCGCUGUCGGAGCUGCUGCGGCAGGUGGCCGAGGAUCGCCGCACACAGCAGAGGCAGCUGGACGCCCUGGAGCGACGCCUGCAGGAGCACCUGACCGCGCCGGCUGCGAAUCGUGAACGAUGGGCAGAUCUUCAGGGCAGCGUCAGUGGCUUACUGGAAGAGGUGGCCAAUUUGGUGCGGCGAGUGGAAGGGCUGGACGAGAAGUUGAGGAUCCGAACAGCCUCCUGCGAAGAAUUGCUGAGACAACGAUCUCGGGAAUUGGAACAACAACUGCAUGGGCAACAGCAAAAGGUGCACUUGGCUGUGUCCACAUUCGAGGAGAUGUCCAAGCGCCAGACCUCCAAGCUGCGGAAGCUGGUGAGCAGCUCUGAGGAGCACUCGCGAAAGCUGGCAGCCUUGGAAGACAUGACCCGCCGGGCACAGGCGAUUCAAGCUCGCUUGUCUGAGCUGGAAGGGCAACAGGCGAGUUUGGAGGAGGAGUUUCGUGGUGUUGUCACUGCGUCCACUGCGGUGGCACAGGCAAUCAGUCCACGUCAUGCGCCAGCGGAGGAGUACGACGUCGGUGCAAGGCUCCUGGAAUCCGAGCUCGCGAAGCUCUCCAAGCAGCUGGCAACGCAGUUGGAUGAGCAUUCUGCAGCCUUGGCGAACCUUCGGGUGCGCACUGAGAGCCAGGAGCAGCGUCUGAGUGCUGCCGGAGAUCGCUUGGAGAAGCUGGUGGCACCCACAUUGGAGGCCCUUCGCAGCGAGAUGCACCAGCUGCGUGCGGCGGAGCGAGCGGAGACGGAGCAGCAGCUCGAGCAUCUCGCGAGGCAAUUGAAGGACCUUUCAGAGACCAACGAGGAAGCGAUUGCAGAGCUCAAAGAGGCGGCUCCCGGCGAGCAUGUCAUCAGCCAGGAGAUGCAACAGAUGCGAGAGACCUGCGCUAUUCAGGAAGAGCAACUGCAACGCCUGAUGGCCUACCUGGAUCAACAGGGUCUUCCAAGGGAGGAGAUGGACUUGCCAGAUGUGGUCUUCCGGGUGGAACGGUUGGAGAACCGGAUGGAGAGCUUCAACCAGGACGCCGUGAGCGAAAAGGCAGAUCGUUCGGAGCUUCACCGCUUAGAUCUGGCUUUGGAAGAGCUCCAGCAGCCCCUGAGACGUUUGUCCCAGCGCACCGCCAGCAACGAAGCACGUACAACGGCUUUGGAGCAUCGACUGGACCAGUUCCAGGAGAAGUUGCCAAAUGCAGUUCUCGCCAGUUCAACGGAUCAAACGGCAUCCAACGAGGCGGAUGCAACGGAGGUUCGUAUCGGAGAGAUCUCUGCACGCGUGAUGGAGCUGGAGGAGCUACUUCCGCAGAUCUCCUCCCGUGCAGCCGCACAUCAGGGGCACGAGCGCAAGGAGUUUCUGCAGCGCUUGGAGAAGUUGGAAGCGGCCGCUGAAGGAGCUGGACCAGCUCCCGAGAUGCUUCUAUCCAAUGAGGUGCGUGCGCAGAUGGACGAAGUGUCGGACAUGGCGUCGAAGGCGCUGAAGAUUGCCGAGAACAGUGGAAACAACAUGCAGGCCCUUCGCUUUGACUUGGUCGUAGAGCAGGAGCGCGUAGCAAAGCUGGGCAAAGAGCUGCAAAGUCUCUCCAACUCCUUCCGCGAUGAGCAAAGCAAGAUCCAACACACGGCGGAACGACAGGAGGAUCAUGAGCAGCGCGCCAGCGAAGCGAUGCAGAAAAUCGCGGCGAGCAUGGAGAAGGUCCAAGGCCUACAGCAUGGCUACGAGGGAGGCACCUCUGCCCUCAACAAGCUGGUGGAAAGUAUCGCCAAGCGCGUUGAGGCCGCCGAAGCGGCCUUGGGCGAGCGGGAAAAGGACGUUCCGCCUGCGGCCAGCGAGGUGCACAUGCUACGCGAUGAAAUCAAGGCAGAUCUCAAUUGGAUUGAGAGUACUUCAAAGGUAUCUUGUGAUGGGCUGCUCCGGUGGAGGGCCAAAGGAGGACGCCACAUUGGUGCCCCGAGUCGAAGAGAUGGCGCGACACGUGGAGGAUGUGGAGAAGCAGCUGUUGGAAAAGGUGGAGGAGAUCGAGAAGCUGACCGCGAAGAUGGUGAAGAUCGGAAGAACUACUGA